AAGAGGCGGUGGCGGAUGGCGGCGGCGGGGCGGGUGCAGGGAUGGAGGGCGGCGAAGGGGGCGGCGGUGGGCUCCUGCAGCAAAUCCUCAGCCUUCGCCUCGUGCCUCGCAUGGGCAAUGGCACCACCACCUACUCCAGCCCGCUCUCCACCUUCCCAGAGAUGUGGUACGGCGUCUUCCUGUGGGCAGUCGUCUCCUCCCUUGCCUUCCACGUCCCGGCCGCGUUGCUCGCGCUCUUCACGCUCCGGCACCACAAGUACGGCCGGUUCAUGUCCGUGAGCGUCCUGCUGAUGGGCAUCGUGGGACCCAUCACCGCCGGCACCCUCACAAGUGCUGCCAUUGCUGGGGUUUACAGAGCUGCGGGGAAAAAAAUGAUUCCCUUUGAGGCCCUCAUUUUUGGCGUGGGCCAGACGUUCUGUGUGGUGGUGGUUUCCUUCCUGCGCAUUCUGGCCACUCUGUAACUCCUCUGGAGAGGCUGGAGGACACAAACCAAAGGAGGAGAAAAGGACCUGCUGCCUCAGAACAAACCACAAGGAGCACAGCUCCAGCCCUGUCCUUCUUCCACUGAUUUAAGGAAUUGGGAGAGCUUGCUCCUGCCUCCAGCCUGGCUUGAAAUUUAAAAAUUGUGAACUUUAUUACUUUUUCAUAACAUUAAGUGCCAAGUGAAAUUUAUUUAUUUGGAGGGUAGGAAAAUGGCUACCAGAGGAGGAGACCUGUGUACCUUUCACCAGUGAUGAAUCGUAGUAACAGGACAUGACUAAAAUGUGACACCAGCUGUGCUGGGGUAGGAACAGGACCAGAAUGACAUCGUGUCCUCACUGCUCACUCACUGCUUUGUUGCUUGGUUUUGAGUGAACCUGAAGCUCUUUUAAAGUCAGUUUUUUUAAAUUAAAAAAAUAAUUUGUUUUCUUCCUGGCCCAAACUUCUUAAUACCAGGUCUUAGCUGUAGUGGAUUUGGGAGCAGCAAAAGGAGAACUCAUUUUAGAUGGAUGAGAAUGCAAAUUUGUGUCUGGAAACUUUGGAUGUGAAUGUUGUGCAGGGGAAAUGACUGGUAUAAAAAAGAUUUUGUGAAUUUUAUUACAGCAAAGCCCUUCUGGCCCUGUGAACGUUCUGCCCAGAGGCAGAGCACAGUAGAAUGGGCACUCCAGAAAUCCCAGGUACAUGUGGGCAUGCACAGCUUCUCCUCAGGCUUUGAAAGAGACUCGAGUUUUCAAAUUACCCCAUUCUCUCUUGCUGGUGCUGUUCAUGUUGGUGUGGUGCACUGAUCUGGAAGUGGCAUUGGCCGGCUUGGAUAAAAUCCCUCUUGCUGCUGCUGCUGCUGAGAGCUGCGUGCCCAGGCUGGGUUGUGACCUGGGAUGUCCCUGGAGUGGGGACUUUGCCAUGUUUUCAGCAUCCAGCCAGCAGCUUGCCGGGGCUGGGAGAGCUGCAGGGCUCCUGGCAGGAGCCUGGGUGAUUCCUAUGUCCAUGUGAACACAGCCCCAAAUCAGCCCCUAUCCACAUGCAGUACUGUCUCCUCAUGAAUUAUUUUAGUUUGUUUUGGUUUUAAGUGACUAAUUGAUAGCUCUGCACUUGUGCCCUGAGUUGUGCCACAUGGCUGGGGCACUUGAGCAGCUAGCUGGGUGCUUCCUGGAGCUUGGUUCUUUGGGAAGCUGAGGUUGAAUUCCAGGGAUGUGGCUGGGCAAUGUAGCCAGCCCCAGGGGUUUGCUGUGGUCUGUGUUUGUGCCCAGCUCAACCUUGUUGGCUGCAGAGGGGAAGUGCUUUCUGUGUCUAGCCUUUCAGGAGACAGUUCCCAUCUGUGUCUUCAGCUGAAUACCCCUGGUUUCCAAAUCAGUUCCUUUUGUACCUGCAGCAUUUCCUAGGUCCAUUUAUCUACCAUGAGCCCACUGUCCUCAGUGCUAGAAUAACUGGAUGUGGCACUCAGUGCCAUGGUCUGGAUGACAAGGUGGUGACCAAUCAAAGGUUGGACUUGAUCUCAGAGGGCUUUUCUAAAGUAAAUUGAUUCUGUGAUCCUUCAACAAGGGCACUGUGUUUAUCAUGGAAAAAGGGUUUCUUUAUGCACAGACUUCUCUGGAGUGGUCUGUUGAUGGUGAGAGGUGUUUUGCAGGAGCUACUUACUGAGAUUACUCUAAAUUUUAGCCUAUAUUAAUUCAGGGAAUAGAGAUAGGCAGUUUAGGAAAUAAUUUAAUGUGAAUCCUUCUCCUUAGGUGGGUGAGGUCCAAGUGGUGUAGCAUAUACUAAACCCUGGAUCUGUGGAGGGCCCUGUGUGCUGUGCUGCUUCUAGAGAGCCAGUCUUCCUGCCAGGGCAGAAACAAUGAAUAAGAAGGAAUAAGCUUGCUUUCUUUUCCCCCUUCCCGCUUUGUAUUUCAACAUGUGCACAGAGUGCAUGGUUUGAUUUACAGGAAUUAUCCUGUGUUUUCCUGGAUAGAUUAAAAGUAUCUCAUGGAAUUUGGAUAGGAUGGGUCUGGCUUUACCUUUUAGGUGACACUAAAAACCAGUGUCCUGAGCACCUGCUGUGCUCUCCUUUACCCUGCCUGGUGCCUGGCACCACUCAAUAGCCAUUAAGCUGAUUGCAACUGAGAAAGCACUUUAUCCCUGUGUCCCAUGCUACAGCAAGAGGAGGUUUCCUUGCAGGAGCAGGGCUGAAGGGUGCAGGACACAAAUGGGGCUGUUACAGAGCUCAGAACAAGUGAAAAAUUGCUCAGUAAAGUCACUCAGUGCUGGGUGAACUGAAAACCUCCAGUUUCUAUCCCUUGGGAUCUCCGAGAGUCUGUUUUGAGGGGGUUCUGGUUUACUUGAAGAGUUGACAGCUUGACCCUGUUCGGAGUGUUUGGAGCUGGCACUGUCUCUCUAUGCCUGGAUGCUGUGAAAUUUUCAGGGAAUUAUUGCAUAAAAGGUGAAUAAUCAGCUGAUUUGUCUUGACAUACUAGCACAGGAGGCAAGCUCUGUGUCACCUUGGUGCUCACAGAGCAUCCUCCACUCUGCUGGCUGCUGCUGGCAGCCCCCCUCUCCAGAUAAACCAGAGCUAAACAGAAAGGAGGAGUAGCCUUGAGUUGAAGCACCAGAUGGCAGUUGAAGCACUUGUGGCACUUUCUUCCCCUCAUUGGUUUGGCCAUUCCAAGUGAGACGUGGAGGACUCCGUUCAGUUUUCAUCAUGUGUUGGUAGACUUUGCUCAGUCAAACUUGCCAAAAACUUGCAAAGAGCCAGCAAAAACAUCAACACUGAGGUGUCCUGGGCUUGGCAGUGUUGUGAGCCUCUGCUGGGGAGCCCAGCCAGUGUGCUGGUUAAGCAAACACCUUCUGGAGAAGCUGCCUGUCCUGGAGGAACAGCUCCUUAUGCCAGGACUUGUGGCCCUGCUCCCUGUGUGUGACAUCCCCCUGCUCCCACCUGGCUUCCUCUCACUCACAGCUGUCAUGAACAAAUCUUUAUAUGAUUGAAAAUUCUGUACAUUUUAUUUUUCUACUGACACUCCUAAUCCUGAUGGUGAUUAUCAAUAAAUUCUGUAAUUCUUGAGGUGAA